AUGUGUCAACAUGGAUCUCUUCACUAUCCUGAAAAUCCCAAGGCCAACAAGUAUCCUAGCAAUUGUGAUAAUUUGGUUGACGAGAAUCCUGCUGAUCACAAUGAUUUGAUCAAAGAAAAUCCUAAUGAUGGUGAUGAUCUGGCCAAUGAUUACUACAGCAAUCAAGAUGAAGCACAUGAACCGGAUGACAUUGAUCUAGAUGAGAUUGAAUGGGAUGAUCAGUCUGAUAUGGACAUCAAUGCAGCUCCCAAUGAUCAACCAGGCACUGAUCAGACAUUUGCAGAAGAUCUCAACAACCAUCUCCUCCCUAGAACCGAUUCAAACCACCAACCUGAGCCAACUUUUGAUUUGAAAAACUACAGCGCUUAUGAUCUAAACUGCUGGGCCAGCACCCUGUUGGCAGAUGAAUUUGAGCACCUUCAAAUCAUGGGACCUGACGCUAGAACCAAAUCCUUCCGACAAUAUGCAACUAUACACAUUGAUCAAUUGAAUCGACCUCAUUCCCCACUCAAUUCUUUACCUCCCCAAUCAAAUCAAGCACUCCACAACCAAAAAAUCUACCCAACACCCAAUGAAAUCAACAACCAUUGUAUUUCUUCACAUCAAAUUGAACAUCACCCUGAUCAAUUCAAACCCUCUAAUUACUAUGAACACUGCAACUACUGUGCCUCUGAUCUCGAUGAGAAUCCAGAGAACAAAUCAGUUUUAGAUGACAGCGGCUUUAAUGGUGUUUUUGACAACAGUGGUUUUGAUGAUGGUGGAUACAACAAUUGUGGUUUUGACAAUUGGAAAUCUGAUGAUGGCGGAUUUGACAAUGGUGGUGUAAGACUCAAAAAGUGGUUGUGA